AUGAGUGAAAAUAAUUAAAAUAUUAUCCUUUAUGGCAAUUACCGUUCUUCACCUUCUUGGCGAGUAAGAUUAGCACUUGGUUUAAAAAAGAUAGAAUACAAAUUAGUUUCAAUUGACCUUUUUAAAAAUGAGUAAAAAUCUGAAGUAUACUUCAAGGUUAAUCCAAAUUAACGUAUCCCUGCUCUUAUAUAUGGAGAUCAAACAUUGAUAGAAAGCACUGCAAUAAUCGAGUUCUUAGAAGAAAAUUUUCCUUAGUAUCCUUUACUUCCCGAGGAUAGAAUUAAGAGAGCUUAGAUUAGAGGCUUUUGCUAAGUCAUAAACAGUGCUAUUCAUCCCUAUUAGAAUUCAAAUUUAAUAGGAAAAAUUGAAAAAGAAGGCAAUAUGAAUAAGUUAGAAUGGAUUAAAUUCUGGGUGACUAAGGGGUUGACAGCUAUAGAAGAACUUUUGAAGAAAUAUCAUGGAAAAUUUUGCUUUGGUGAUGAUAUAACGAUGGCAGAUAUUUUCUUAAUCCCUUAAGUAUCUGCAGUAGUAGAAAGAUUUGGAUUCGAUUUAACACCUUUUCCUCUUAUCUUAAGUGUUGUAAAUAACUUAAAGGAUCUUCCAGAAUUUAUUGCUGCUUCCCCUAGUAAUUAACCAGAUUAUACUGAAUAAAAAAAUUGA